AUGGAUCUCAUGGACUUUAGACUCCGAAAGGGUGUGGUGGGCCUGGCCACAGGUGCCGGUGCCAUCUACCUGCUCUACAAGGCCAUCAAGGCUGGCAUGAGCAGUCAUUCAUCUGUUUCAACAUCUUCACCCGUCUGCAUUGCCCGCCUGGCCAUUGAGCGGGAGCGGCAUGGAAAGGACUCUGGAGAACUUCGAAGACUCCUCAACUCCUUGGAAAACAAACAGGAUGAGUACUCCAAGGGAAUGAUUCUUCACAGCAUCACCCGGUGUGUCUACUUGUUGGAAGCCGAAGCCUCCACCUGCACCUUUGAGGACAUCAGGUUGGUGGGCUCCCUGCUUGAUGACAAGGACAACAGCGUCAAAAUCCAGGCUCUCAAUGCUCUGAAGGCUUUCUCUGGCAUAAGGAAGUUCAGGCUUAAGAUCCAGGAGCAUUCCAUCAAAGUCUUGGAGCUGAUCUCCACCGUGUGGGAUUCUGAGCUGCACAUCGCAGGCCUGAGGCUACUCAAUGGAUUGCCUCUACCUGACUUUGCUCACCCACAACUCCGUCGGGUAAUGCCUGCCCUCAUGGAGAUCUUGCAGACAGACAGCAUCCUGGCCCAGGUCCAAGCAGUUCGACUCCUGAGUCAUCUGGCCCAGAAAAACGAUCUAUUAUAUGACAUCCUUAAUUGCCAGGUGCAUAGUAAUUUCCUGAACCUGUUCCAGUCCACACAACCUGGGAGCCUGCUGUUUGAGGUGCUAGUGUUUGCAGAGCGACUGAGUGAGGGUCGGAGUUCUCCCCAUUACCGAGCAGUGAUGCAGUAUAAUGAGCAGUCUUUGCAUGAAGCGCUGUUUGGGGAUGAGUCCCGCCUGGCUGACCGGCUGCUGGCUCUGGUCAUUCAUCCAGAGGAGGAGGUGCAGAUUCAAGCCUGCAAGGUCAUUGUCAGCCUGCAGUGCCCUCAGGACUUUAGCAGCCGACCCCCUUCCUGCCAUGCAACCUCUUCCUACUUUAAUGAAGGGGACGCCAGUUAAGGAGAAACCAAUAAAUGUCAUAUGGGAGAGAAAGAGAAAAAACAACCAACAACAAAGAAAGUGGGGUGGGGAGCGGGCAUACUCAGAAGAGGCAGCAUUUGUUCCGAAUCAGAGCUGGAAAGAGCCUCUCAGAAUUCAUCUUGUCAGACUCCAGUCCCCAGGGAAGAACAACACAUGUCAUCCCCCUAAACAUUUUUCCUCAU